AUGGAUCCUUUCCUCGCAAAAGUUGAAGCGCUUGAAUGGGAUCUCUUGUCGAAUAAAGCAGUCAGUGGGAAACAAACAACAGCCAUAUUAGUAUCAAAUGUAGUCAACGGACAAUAUAAGCGGGUUCUCACUUCUAAUGAAGUUAGACACUUCUUAGGAACCGAUAUCUCGGAGGACUCUUCUGCAGAAAAGAAUCUAGCUGACACACUUGAUCUACGUAAAUAUAUAUCAAAUAGAAUGGAACUUUAUCUCGGAAACUCGCCAGAAUUUCAAAGAGAAAAUCAACUGCUUCGUCAGCUACGAGUGCUAUGCGUUGCUGCCGCUUGCUUGAAUGCUUUUGUGCAAGCAGCAUGGACUGGCCCAGCCUUUGACUUGAUGCCUGAGGACCUCCUUCCCAGAAUCGUUAGGUCAGUAGGGGAUGAACUGAAAGCAAAAGUAUUAAAGGAAUUGUCGGUUGAUGGUGAGAAUGUUUAUCACUUAACACCAUCUGCGUUGUUUUUGCUGAUAGCAAGAUGUAUCUUAGUGGACAAUUUGGACCGUCUAAAUGGGUUGAAAACAACGCAAUGGUGGGGACAAAGAGCAUUAUUUGUGCAACAAAGGUUACUCGAUAAUCCUGCUGGAUCGUUACAUGGCCUUAUGUUUGACUAUUUUACAUCAAUCGAAUCAAAGCUCCCGCCAUUUACUCCGGAUACAAGCGAAAUUCACGUUCAUUUUAAUUUGGAAUAUGGACUUUUACAUCAUUAUUAUCAGAAAGAUACGUUAGCAAUAGCAAGAUUUUUAAAGGCUCAGGAAUAUAGCGGCUUAAAAUGGAAACUUACGGGCGCUCUCGGAAAGCGCACCAAGUUUCAAACUUUUGAUGUAUCUCAGCUCCUUCUUGUCGCUAAUAGUAUCGAUGUCGAAAACAGGGGACAACAGGUGGACUCAAAGUCUGCCAUGCCUAACGACGUUUCUCUAAACGAUGACACUCUUUUGGAAAAUAUCGAAUUAACAAAAACCAAUGAUAAUCAAAGAGAUGAAACAGAGAUAGAUCUUGAGAAUCAAGGCAGCCUCAAAACAAUCGAUCAGUGUCUUCUCUUGGCGUUUUGUCUCAAUGUUAAAAACACGAAUCCUGCCCAUGGCAUCACCAAUGAGCAAAUGGAACCGUACGUAGCCCGUGUUUUGGAGAAUCCCAAUAAUUGGAUGGUUCAUACAAUGGGUCUUCUUCUCCGAUCUCGCCUGGAGAAAGAAAAGACGCGUACUGUUGAGCGAUCUGCUCUUCAACUCCAAGCAUUAGUUGAUCAAUUUUCCAUUGAAAUGUCCAGUGCUCAGGAGCGUAUCCAGUAUUUUUAUGUGAUGUUAUUACCAUCGAAAUGGGAAAUGGAAAGGGAACUCGCCGAGAGAUUUAUUUCACUUGGAGUUAUACGUUCGGCACUACAAAUAUUCGAGCGACUAGAAAUGUGGGAAGACAUAAUAACUUGUUAUAUAAUGCUUGAGAAACACAAGACAGCCACCGAAAUUAUUAUCGAUCGAUUGAACAUGACGCCAGAUUCUCCUAUACUUUACUGCUUGCUUGGUGACGUGGAACAAAAUCCUAUAAACUGGGAGCGCGCCUGGGAAUUAUCCGGACAUAAAUUUGCACGAGCUAUGCGAUCUCUUGGCGGAUAUUGGUUCAAAAAGGAGGAAUAUUCCAAGUGUGUUGAGUGCUAUAAAGAAGCGCUAAAAAUCAAUCCUUUGUCUGACAAGUCUUGGUUUAUUCAAGGUUGCGCGGCCAUGCGCAUCAGCGACUGGGUUACGGCAGCAGAGUCGUUUGUACGCGCUAUUUCCAUUGAUCCUGAAAACGGUGAAGCAUGGAACAAUCUCGGAUCGGUACUCAUUAAACAAAAUCGUAAGAGAGAAGCAUUCAAUGCGCUGCAGCAGGGUCUUAAACAAAGAUACGACAGUUGGAAGAUGUGGACCAAUUACAUGUACGUGGCAAUCGAUAUAAGAGACUUUGCUGAAGCCAUUCGCGCUAUGCAAAGAGUAGUCGAGCUACAAUGGGAAAAGAUAGGAGAUCACAGUGUUGAUUUAGAAGUGUUGGAGAUCAUAGUGAAUUCUGUCACGCGUGGAGUCAAAGAUGCAGAUAAUGAAGAUACAUCAAGGCUAGCUCCUAAACUCGAACAUUUAUUGAGUGACACUAUCACGGCUCAUAUGACAUCUAAUCCCAAAAUAUGGGCGCUGUGUGGCAAAUUUUGGUUUUGGCAAAAAGUUUAUGACAAAGCACUCGAAGCACAUCUCAAAGCAUGGAGAGCAGUUUCCAAAAAUGAGAAACUGACAUAUUCAGUUCUAACGUUCAAUGAAGUUGCUCGCGUUGCCCUUGAUUUGGCAGAAAUGUAUCAGAAUGUUGGUCCCUUGAUUUAUGAAAAAGAAAUAGAAGAGGAAUUGGAAGAUGGAAGAACGCGGGUUAUCAGAGUUGAAGAGAUUGUGUGUAAGGAUUGGUUACGUCAGGCUACAAAAGUAUUGAGCGGAUUGAUCAAAACUACUGAGGAUUAUUUUGAGGGAACUGAAAUGCAUGAUAAGUUAUUGAAUACCUUGAAAGAUCUUAAUCAACUAAAAGAAGAAUAA